AAACUUCAUUAGUUUUAGAUUUUAUGGAAGGAAGAGGAUGCAGCUGUUUCUGUGUAAUCACAGUUUGCUGGGCAUCUUAACUUUAUCCAGUCUUUUGACAGGCACAUUGUGCUCUUCUGAACACUAUAUUGAUUGGAGUGAGGCUUCCAAACAAUGCAACACUAAAUACGAAUCGGAGUUAAUAACUGAACGGUACGUGGCAGACCAAAAUCUCACCGCAGAAAUCAUCCAGGAACUGGGAGUCAACGUGUCUGCUUGGAUCGACGGCAGAAUACUGGAGAUUGGGUGCAAAAAUGAUGUAUGUUACAGAAUAGAAAAAGUUCACACAAAUGUGGACAUAAAGAAUCCAUCCAUAUGUGUUACUCCGGAUGGUAUCAAAAUAAAACAGACAAACAUGACGUUCAAAGAGGCCGAACAAUGGUGUCAAAGCGCAAAAUUUGAAAUAAAAGGCGAUUUAUACAAAAAUAUUUUGCAAGACCAGCUUGAAAAGAUUUUGCAUAAACUUUUGACACCAAUUUCCUUCUGGGUUCCAAACAUCGAACUGAGCAGCAAUCGAGAUGUAAAUUGCACCUAUGUGGUUUCCAGAGACAAUAAUACGCUGGAAACACUGUAUGAUGACUGUUCCAUUCCAAUGAUGGGAGUUUGUAUCAACAAUUCAUACAUACCUGAUUAUCAAAUAUCAGUACUUUUAGAAAUGACUCCGAUUAACAUCCCAGUGUAUGAAAUAGAUAUCGGAAAAAUAGAAAUUGACGAGGAAAAAGACUAUUCCAGGGCAGAGGCGCUACAGGUCAUAGGCACUAAGGAGGAUGUUCACAUAGAGGAUCUAUCUAAAAAUAAAUACUCAUUGGAUUUGAAAACAAUUCUUCCUUUCGCCAUUGGUGGACUCAACUUGAUUCUGUUUUUGACUUUGGUUUGCGUCAUCUUUGUCCUGUGGAAAAGGGUAACAGCAAAAUGGAAACUUCUGGCUAAAAGAGAUAACCUUUACGAUCUCUAUGACUCGGAUAAGUCUAGGAAAAGAGACAGGGAUUAUCAAGGGUUGCCAGUAAUGUCUUCUGGCAAUUCUACCCGCGUGAAAAUGCUACCGGAAGUGGAGGAGAAUCCUUAUUCCGAGAUCAACGGAAAGGAAAGUUCCGGUUUCUACAGAGAAACAGCGGCAUCGGUAGUACAAGGGCAAGUUGAAGGGUAUGUCGAUAUGAGAGGAUUGAAAAGAGACACAAACUGUAGUUCGUUUAAAAUUGGAAAGACUUCUAGAAGACAACUUAAUUCUGGGUACGCCGAGUCCGGGCAGAUUGUGUAAAAAGGAAGCCGAUUGGCCAAAGUAACCAGUCGAUUUUAUAACUCGCUACCCUUCUUGUGUAUGUUUGUUGCAAUAGAGCUCACGAAAAAGUUCCCAUUAUAAACAAAUAAGAAUGCACAAUCUUCUUCAUAAAUAUAAUUCAAGAUAACAAAUAUACAGAUUGAAGGAAAAACAGUAAGUCUAUGAAAACUUUGUACGAGCCUAUGAUUUUUGGCAAUGAAAUGGGAUCGGAAAAAAUUGAAGUCUAGACUAUUCAUCGUUUUCACAAUAAUCAAUCCUCAUUAAUUAUAACUGAAGUAAAAUGUUUGCAAUUUUUAAUACCGAAAACUUUCAUUUUUAAAUUUCCUCGUUCGAGAAUGUAUUACGUCACGCUUAAUUUUUUUUAUUGUUUAAAUGUUUUGUAGGGCUUUAAUUGAAAACAAUUAUCAAAGCAUUACAAAUUGACAAAGAUUAGGUCAAAGUUCGUUUUAUUGCUGUGAUUUCACUAUUUUAACGAAACCUAUACAAGUCUAAAAGAAAGUAAAUA